AAAAAUAAAUAAAAAAAAGUUUAGUUCGUGUGUGAGUGGGUUUAUAAUUAAUGAAAACUGGUGUUUUAAGAUUUGAAAGUGAUUGUGCUUUUAUAGUGAUGUGGUUGAGUUGGUGAAUAUAUUUUUGUGCCAAGAUUGUGCAUUCAAUCGAGGAUGUCGAGCUACGGUAGCAUCUCUCCUUCGGACGAAGGUUUCGACCGAUAUGAGCCGCCCUUCUAUUGUCCGCCUAGUCAUCAAGGAAGCCCCAUGGACGGCGGAGUGUACUGGCCCGGCGUCGAGCCCGAGUUCGACUCCCGGGACGUGUACCACGAUAACCAGCACUACAUCUCCAGGAGCUACGGUUACGACGACGUGAACAUGUCAAAUGACCCCUACGACGGCUUUCAGAACAUACAUCAGAACUACAUGCAGAACAACACAGGAUUGGACUGCGAGCUCCAGCUCCCCCGCUACCCCCGACCCUCCGGCCCCUCCUUCGUCCGCGUCGUCAAGCGCCGCAGCACGGCCAACAAGAAGGAGCGCCGGCGCACACAGAGCAUCAACACUGCCUUCACGGAUCUGAGGGAGUGUAUACCCAACGUGCCGCCUGACACCAAGUUAUCUAAGAAGGAGCGCCGGCGCACACAGAGCAUCAACACUGCCUUCACGGAUCUGAGGGAGUGUAUACCCAAUGUGCCGCCUGACACCAAGUUAUCUAAGAUCAAAACGCUUCGGCUGGCCACCUCCUACAUCUCUUACCUCCUCAAGGUCUUGGAGACGGACGGGGAGCCGGCUGGAGGCUUCAGAGCUGAGCUACAUCACGCGCCACCGCGCCGGAGAGCUGAUACACAGAGCACAGCAGAGAAGAGGGGGAACGGGCGAACGGGCUGGCCGCAGCACGUGUGGGCGCUAGAACUUAAAACAGAACAGAACCUGAAGACCUAGCUCUUGGUCUAGUACUAGACCCAGAGUUUGUGACAAUUCCGACGUUACCUACUAUAAUCGC